AUGGUUCACCUCGGACAAGUCACCAAGGAUUCUGAGAUCCAGAAGGACUCUCAGAGCAAGAUUGACCUCUCUGGUCUGGGUCCUGAGGGCAGCCAGCCCGAUGACUUCGAGACCAGCAUCUACGGUAGUCGCUUCGCAGCAGAGGACCUGCCCAGACACGAGAUGCCUGACAAGGAGAUGCCUGCUGCCACUGCCUACAGAAUGAUCAAGGACGACCUGACUUUGGAUGGCAACCCCACCCUCAACCUUGCCUCGUUCGUCACCACCUACAUGGAGCCCGAGGUCGAGAAGCUCAUGCAGGAUGCCUUUGCCAAGAACUUCAUCGACUACGAGGAGUACCCUGUCACCGCUGACAUUCAGAACCGCUGUGUCAACAUGAUCGCCCGUCUCUUCAACAUCCCUACCCACAACGAUGACUCCAACGCCAUGGGCACUUCGACCGUCGGCUCAUCCGAGGCCAUCAUGCUCGCAACUUUGGCCAUGAAGAAGUCUUGGGUAAACAAGCGCAAGGCCGAGGGCAAGGACUACUCUCGCCCCAACAUCAUCAUGAACUCUGCUGUCCAGGUCUGCUGGGAGAAGGCUGCCCGCUACUUUGAUGUCGAGGAGAAGUACGUUUACUGCACAAAGGACCGUUACGUUAUCGACCCUAAGGAGGCCGUCGACUUGAUUGACGAGAACACCAUUGGUAUCUGCUCCAUCCUCGGUACCACCUACACUGGCGAGUACGAGGACACCAAGGCCAUCAACGACCUCCUGGUCGAGCGCAACAUUGACAUUCCUAUUCACGUCGAUGCCGCAUCCGGUGGUUUCGUUGCACCUUUCGUCAACCCCGACCUCAUCUGGGACUUCCGUCUUGAGAAGGUCGUCUCGAUCAACGUUUCUGGCCACAAGUACGGUCUCGUCUACCCCGGUGUUGGAUGGUGCAUCUGGCGUGACCCUAAGUACUUGCCCACCGAGCUGAUCUUCAACAUCAACUACCUCGGUGCUGACCAGGCUUCCCUUACCCUCAACUUCUCUCGUGGAGCCUCCCAGGUCCUGGGUCAGUACUACCAGCUUAUUCGUCUGGGCAAGCACGGCUACCGUGCCAUCAUGUUCAACCUCACCAGAACUGCAGACUAUCUGGCCGCCUCGGUUGAGAAGAUGGGUUUCAAGCUCAUGUCUCAGACUCGUGGUAAAGGUCUUCCUCUGGUCGCUUUCCGUCUUAACCCCGACGACGGCCACCUGUUCGACGAGUUCGCUAUCGCACACCAGCUCAGACAGCGUGGCUGGGUCGUCCCUGCUUACACCAUGGCUCCUCACUCUGAGGGCCUCAAGAUGAUGCGUGUUGUUGUUCGUGAGGACUUCUCGCGCAGCAGAUGCGAUGCUUUGAUCGCCGACAUCAAGCUCGCCAUGGAGACUCUGGGCAAGAUGGAUGAACAGAAGAUCAAGGAGCACAAGGAACAGAUUGCCAAGCACGGCACCUCUACUGGCCGUCAUAAGAAGAUGAACCAGCACUUCACUGGCGAGAAGCACUCGCUGCAAGGCAAGACUGGCAAGACCCACGCCGUCUGCUAG